GAGUCACAUGGCUGAAAUAACUUUGAAUGAAAUAAGUGCAGCAUUCAUCUCAUCUAACAAUUGUUUCAUGUUUUUUUCUUCUGCUUUUCCAUCUCUUAACAGUUCCUCCUGACGGUUUACUGGAUAUCCUCUGUUCAUUUUUUCAGUGUGUGUGUUUAUUAUCAGUCACAGCACCUGCUGUCACGCCUCACACAAACUCGUCGAGCAACACAAAUCUGGGCACAUUUUUCUCAUGUGAAGACAACAACACGAGAGAUGAGCAGUGGAUGAGAUUGAGACCUGCUGGAUUCAUAGAAGAGGAGAUGAGUUUGCUCUUAAUGUAAAUAAAUGAAUUGGCUGACAGCAUGUAGAUGAAAGACUCGAGGCUUUAUGCUGUUUAUAUAUGAUCUCAUGAUGGUUAUUUCAAAACUGUGAUCAUCUGAGAACCGGCUGAGGCUUCACCAGAACCGAGUCAACAUGUCUGUACCACAGCAGGUUUUGGUAAACUUUGAAUAUAAUUAUACAGCUCGAGACGGCAGCACGGUGUCCAUCAAACCCAGUGAACACUACAUCCUGGUGUCAAAGACCAAUGAUGCCUGGUGGCAAGUUCGUCGGGAUGAGACGGCCAAACCUUUCUAUAUCCCAGCCACGUAUGUGACGGAACUUUUUCCUGAAAACAGCCAGACUCCGUUAGAUCCUCCAGAGGAGUUCAGUGGAUUUGACUUCCCACUGUCGAAAACCCCAGACAGUCCUGAGUAUGCUGAGAUCCAGCUCACGGUCCCGACCACUAUAAAAAGAGACACUGAGGAAAACGGACACAGAAUAUCAACGUACAUUAUUCCAAAGGAAUUCUUUGAACCCAAGGUAUCGGAAGUAAAAUCCAUACAGCCCGAGACAGAACUUCAAGUCUACGACACAGACAGAGACAUAAACCAAGAAACAUCUUUUGAUCAUUCUCCUCCACCAGACUUUGUUUUAUUGACACAUGUCAAUACAGUUAACACACAAUCUGACACAAACACACAUAUAAAAAGUUUGGAUGAAGAUCUGCAGAUGGUCAUAGGAUCUGAGCAGAGACUCACAGAUGAAGACAGCACAGAGAUUCUGACAAACCUCACAAAUGAAGACAACACAGAGAUCCUGACAAACCCAGAAUCUCCAGAAACUGAAGAAGGUCCAAAAGAGAUGAUGAAGUCUUCACGUCUUGCUACCGGUCCAGCCUCGCAUCCAGCUCAUGAAGUCAAAGUGGAGGAUGACAACCCACUCACAUCUGUGUAUGUGAACAUCCCUCGCUUACGUCGCAAUACCAUCGACACAUCCCCUCCUUUGGUUUCUCCACCACCUGAGCUCGUGCCGGAUCCUCCUGAUACUCUGCUCCUGGAUUCGGCGGGAUGGGAGAUUCACACUGACGACCAGAGCGGUCAGGAGUUUUAUUAUCAGCCUUCAACGGGCCACAGCACCUGGGAAUAUCCGCUCAGAUCGUCUAUGGAGUCAUCGGUCAAGACAGAAGAGACUCUGCCAUCACCGCCUUCAUUCCCACAAUCCCCCACCUGCUCACCUAUGGGUUCAUCUCCACAGGGAUGGAGCUCAGACUGGGAGAAGGUGUUGGAUGAGAACUCAGGGAGACAUUAUUUCUUCAACACUGUGUCAGGACAGAGUUCAUGGGAUGCGCCGGAGGAUAUCAACACAUCGGAUAACGGGGAUUUUCUGAAAGAUUGUCCGCCUCUUCCUGAGGAAGAUUAUCCUUCAUAUCCUUCAGAGUAUUCACUGAUCCAUGUGAAGAAGGUUUCUAUACCCAGAGGAAAUCUGGAUCAAAGCAGUCCACACGGCUGGACCCUCAACAUUGAUCCUGAUGGAGUUUGGGUCUUCACAAAUGAUUACACACAGGAACAGUGGAUUAAAUCACUGGAUGAUACGGGACGUAUAUACUACUAUACGAGAGACGGUACAAAGUCCCAGUGGGACUUACCGGAGCACACUGAAGAUGUUGGACCGUAUGCACUGGGAAAUGGUGCUUUUGAUGAACUGGAGGGAACUGGAUCAAUGCAGAACUGGAGACACAGUUUGGGACACCAGGAGGAAAAGAGUCAUUCAUCAUACAGUCAGAAUGUAUCAGACAGCGAAUCCUCCGGCUCUCAUGAGAUCUCACACAAUGUUUCCAACUUGGAGAAAGCAGGAAUCCUGAACAAAACAAAGGUGUCUGAAAAUGGCAAGAAAGUCAGAAAGAAUUGGGCUCAAUCCUGGACGGUUCUCCAUGGAGGAGUUCUGACGUUUCAUAAGGACCCAAAAUCCACACCAGGCAGUGCAUCGAGCAAGACCAAUCAAAUAGUCCCAGAAUUCAAAGUGGAUUUAAAAGGAGCAACAAUUGGCUGGGCAACAAAAGAAAAAUCCAGCAAGAAGAAUGUUUUAGAGCUGAAGAGUCGAUCUGGAGCUGAGUUCCUGAUCCAGUAUGAUACUGAGAGCAUUAUUAGUGACUGGCAUAAAGUUAUUACAGACACCAUACAUCUGCUGGAUUUGGAUCAGCAGCACUCUGAAGAUGAGGAGGAGAUGGGUGAGAAGUCAGAUAGAGAGGAGAGAUUUCGUGACAAAAGGACUAUGAGCAAUGCAACUCGACAGUCCGUAUCUAGCUCAACAUCUGAGGCCGAUCAGAAGAAGGCCCGCACCAAAUUAAUGAAGUUUCUCCUCAAGCGGCCGACGCUUCAGUCUGUCAAAGACAAGGGUUACAUCCGAGAAAAUGUCUUUGGAUGUCACUUGCACAAUCUUUGCACUCAGGAAAAGGCCACAGUGCCAAGCUUUGUGGAAAAAUGCAUUCGUACAGUAGAGAAAAAAGGUUUGGGGAUUGAUGGACUCUACAGAGUGAGUGGAAAUCUGGCUGUCAUUCAGAAAUUGCGUUUUAAAGCUGAUCAUGAGGAUCUGGACCUGGAUGAGGGUAACUGGGAUAUUCAUGUGAUCACAGGAGCACUAAAGUUGUUCUUCAGAGAACUUCAGGAGCCUCUCUUUCCCUACAAUUUCUUCAAUGAGUUUAUUUCUGGCAUCAAAAUGGCAGAUUAUUACAAAAAACUUUCACACAUGAAAAAUCUGGUGCAGCAUUUGCCGGCAUCCAACCAUGAUACGAUGGAGGCGCUCUUCAGACAUUUACGCAAGGUUAUUCAACAUGGAGAUGAGAAUCGGAUGACCGUACAGAACGUGGCCAUCGUUUUUGGCCCAACGCUGCUCAAACCUGAGGUGGAGACGGCAAACAUCACCAUGUACAUGGUCUUCCAGAACCAGAUUGUAGAGUUCCUGCUUAAUGAAUUUGAAUCCAUCUUCCACAUGUGAUAAACAUCUGUCAUUGUCAUGUGAUGUCAAAACUGACCUCACUCGGAUAGAAAAGUUAAGUUGAUAAACUGAUCUGAGUUCAGACAUGUAACUGCGUUAUGAAGGACAACUAUGGCCUGCACAUUUACUUAUAUCUUUAAUAAAUAGAGAUGCUACAAAAUAUGCAUAACAAAAGACUUUAAUAGAUUAAUAUCACUCAAACAGAAUUCACCCACAUUUAUAAUAGAUUCACCCUCAUGUUAUUCCAGAUGUAUAUGACUUUAUUUCUUCUGCUGAACACAAACACAUUUUUACCAAAAUGCUGUCAUGUUAUCUUCUUAUAUGGGGCUUCAUAGGUUUCCCUCACAAACUUAACAUUUCUCUUCAGAAGUCCACUGGAGUUUUGGAUUAUUGUAAUGAUGGAGGAAUGGGUUUUUUGGAGCUAUGGCACAUUAAGAAAAAUAUAAUGGCAUUUUAAAAAAAAAUGUGUUUUUGUUCAACUGAGGAAAGACAUUUUCAUAUUUGGUUGAAGUAGUCCUUUAAAUGAGCUGUUAAUUAUUUAAAGAGCAAUAGUGUUGUUUUAAUAAUAUGGUUGAAAUGUUUCUGUUUAGACCUAAGAAUGUCGCUUGUGAGUUUUCUUUGAGAAAUUUGUUUCCAGCUGUGUUGUUUUUCUGCUUGUCAAAUAAGUCAUAAGAUUUAACUUUGCUGUUUUUGUAGAUACUUUAGAAACUGGAACGUUUUAGCCCCUUUAAAAAAAUCUUUUUUAGUUAUAUAUCAAAGACAAUAUGAAAGUAGAGGAAUUAAGUUGUGAAUAACUGCGUAAUGUUGUUUAGGUCAGCUAUGUUAUAAUUAUUUGUAUAUGUUUACCUCUUUUAAUAUAUAUGUCUUUAAUAUAGAAAUGUACAAAGUACUGCAGGUAUGAAACUGUAAAUUGGGAAAGCUAUAAGUUUCUUGUAUAUUGUCAUUAAGGAGCAAAGUUUUCAGUACCAAAAUGUAGAGUCUGUAAAGAGGAAUUUGCACAUAGAUUACGCAUUAAUAUUUUAUGAUAAACUCUUUUAUUAAUCAUUGUAAUAUGUUUUAAUUAGUUUGUGUAUAUAGAAAAGGCAUAUUUAUGCUGUGAAUUACCUGGCGUAAUAAACUCUUAACUCUUUUAUACAA